AGCAAAAGGUACAACAGCACUCUUUAUUCGGUCAUUUCGCAACACUGUAAGUUAGUAGUGUUUCAACACCUGCUUCUACGGGCAGCAGAACCCCUGUAGCGGUAGUGCUCGAGGACCAAAUCUUCAGGAAGCUGCAAUCUUUUAGAUUCAUCGCACUUGACUCUCGUAAUUGACGUCAACUCGAGUGUUGGUGGAAAUAAGCUUGAGGGAGUGGCGGCACAAUGUUGGGUGCCGGUGCUGUCGGGCGGUCGAAUCGCCAGGACGAGCUCGAUAUCGACGCUGAACCGAAGACCGAGCAAGACUUGCGUGACCUGUAUGGUGCCGAUGACGCCGAAGAGGGAGAGAAACCCAAACAGGAAGGCAAGAUAGAUGGCAAGCCCGGUGCAAAAAGUGCAAGGCGGAUAAAAGAGGAGGAGGUAUUAAGAGCUUCACGCGAGGAGAAAAUCUACUUCCCUAAAGUUAGUUGCGCAUGUCUUCUUCGAAAGAGUUGUGUUUGUGUACUGGUGAUAAGAAGUAAGUACCCUUGCAUCUGUUUGUUUUCCAGAUGCUGGUGAUGCUGAUGCCCUGAACAUCAAUAAAAGAAUCAAUCUCCUGCUGCUCUUCCCAGGCCGCCAUGGCGAUCCAGAAGGUGUGGCUUGUCUGGCUCAAGUGGCGACAAGAGUAUGAACGGGCCAUGCAGCAAGCGUCCGCUUACUACAAGUACACAUGGCUUCUGGUAAGAAGUGCUAUAGCACUCAACUUACUUUCUAAAUCUAUUAGGCACAUGAUUCUGUUUAGGAGAGAUGUGUAGCUGCUGGUAGGGGCGUCGUGAAGAACAGGCACUACUGUACUUGCAUAAGCCACACGUGAAGAUACUCAUGCAAAACAGGAAAAUUUGCAUGGAUAGGGAAAAUCAAGUGUACAUACACAACAACAGAACAACAUCUUCGAGAUGAAAGACCAGAGCCGGUUUGCGAAGACGAUCAACAUGACGAUGCACGUAUUCAUCAUUCUGUCCAUCCUGGGCUUCAUCCUCGAAACGGAGCCUGUGCUUCGCGACGCGGGCAACUUCUGGUAUGGACUCGAACUCAUCUGCACGCUGGUCUUCAUCGUCGAGUUCCUCCUCCGCUUUGUGUCCUGUUUCCACAACCGUCUGUCCAAGCUCGAUUUUCUCUUGAAGCCCGGGAACAUCGCGGACGCGCUCGCGAUCAGUCCGUUUUUUCUGGAAAUGGCCUUUGCGGGCGGAAAAACCAAAAUGCUCAAGCUGCUCCGUAUCGUCCGUCUGGUUCGGCUCGGCCGGCUUUUCAAGGUGUCCAAGUACGCAAACGGCCUUCGAUUGAUGGUCACGGCCAUCGCAAAGUCUAGCAGUAUCCUCCUGGUUCUGCUCAUGUUCCUCCUUAUGGGAGUCAUUUUCUUCGCCGCCUGUGGCUUCUUCUUCGAGCAGCUUUCCUGUCCGCAAGUCAACGUAUUGAUUCUUUGUGUCGAUGCUUUUUUCUGAGUGAUGUGAAGCACUCCCUGCUUUUUGUCUGCUUCUUCGUUGAAGGUGAGCAUCACGUUCGAGAAGGACGAACUCCUGUAAACUUUCUGACUACAAGCAAGUGCAAGCCGUGUCCAAACUUUAUCGCUGCAGAUCGACUUCGCGCGAGGCCCGUCGGCAGAACUGGAUGCUUACUAUGCAGAGUGCGAGAGUCGACCGAUUUUCCGCAAAAUUGACGACAAGACCUACGACCGAGUCUCCCCGGGAUACGAGACCGAGAACAAGUUUUUGUGCUGCGACCUUCAACAUGAUGGAUUUCAUCCGCACACAUUUACCAGUACAUGGCUUUGAUUCCUGACCUUCGUCACUUUCUUCUAACUUCAGCUUAGAUAGUCUGCAAAAUGCUGCUUCUGCCGUCUGCACUUACCCAUUCUGGAAGAACCAGAGGUGCCGAAAGCUAAUAAGUACGUAGGAAAUUACUUAUUUUUCUUACUCGUCGGCAGAGACCGCAAAGACAAACGCAAGCUCGGCUUGCACGGUUCUUGUUCAAUAACGACCGUUAUUUCUCUUUGCAGGUAUCACCACAGCGCUGUGGUGGGGACUGGUAACGUUGACAAGUGUCGGUUAUGGUGAUCAGUAUCCCUUCACGCCGAUGGGUCGCAUCGCGGGGAUUUUUGCCUCGUUGGCGGGGGUGCUGAUCAUUGCCGUGCCGUUGGCGAUCGUCGCGCGCAACCUCGCUGAGGCGUACGACCAGGAGUCUUUUAACGAGAAGAAUCGACGGGACCCCGUGGCGGAGCAACGAGCGAGCAGAAGGCGAUACAUUCGGGGCGAGCAAGACUCGCUGGCGGUGAAGCGAGAGCCCGACUCGUCUUUCCGUUGGAAAAAGUACAUGGCCCGGAUGCCCAAAGCAGAAAAGCUACAGGGAUGGGGGGACCAGGACUUGCCGCAGCUCUUGUACAUCACUUUACUAAUACGCUUUUUGCCUGUUUUUUCCUGUUUCUUUCAUAGGCGACUUAUGAACCUCGUUGACCACAUUGCGAAGGCAGAAAGGAUGAAGAUCUGAUGAUCGUUAAACUUAAUUCAAGACUGGUUGAUGUUGAAAAUGACCGCCAUGAGCGCACGAGUUUUAUUCAUCUUCAUGCAAAAAAAUCAUCAUAACAGCGAUCGAAUGGUGUUUAUGGACAGCCGGAUGAACAAUUUGGUGGCAAAGUUGAGUCGCCGGUUACGGGAGCACGAAAACUACAUGGAGGCCUCCGCAAAAGUGAUGCGGUUCUCCUACCACAAGGAGCUGCUUCUGCGGUCCUGCAUUCAGUCGCUGGCAACCGACGCAGCGACAAGGCUGCAGGGCGUCGUACCGGACGAGGAGGAAGAAAACAGCGACACCGAGCCGGUCACCCCGGAAGCCUGA